AUGGUUGGAUCAACCAAUGCCUUUUCAUGUCCAGAAUGGGCCUCUGUCUGCAACUUUUCAGGAGACCACAAGGUAGACGACCACCAGGUUAGUUGCAUACUGUUCUGUCGAGUUUCUCUCCUCACCACUUCGAUUUCAACCAUCAACUGACAACGACUGGAAGAUCUGAAAACUCUAAAUGAAAACGUCUCCAUAGAGACUCGCUGCUAUCCACUCCACUGCCCUGGAUCUCCUCGGACGCCCACGCCGUCAACAAAAGGAGUGGUUUGACGACAUCGACGAAGAUAUCAGGAACCUGCUCGACGAAAAGAAUGGGGCCCACGAGGACGACAGUGACCGCUUGACGAACGCAAACGAAAUGGCCUUCUUAAGAUGUCGCCGUCCUGUGCAGCAACGGCUGCGAGGAAUACAGGACACCUUAAUGGCUUGCAAGACCGAAGAGAUCCAAUGGUAUGCGGACCUCAACGGUACAAAGAACUUUGCAUCAAUCAAGGCAAUAUACGGCUCUACAGCCAAGGGAAUCGUCACGAUUGUCAGCUCUGACCGAACGACAUUGCUGAUGGAGAAAUCACAAAUUCUGAAGCGCUGGACCGAGAGCUUCAAAAGUUUCUCUAACCGUCCCCCUUAAAAUCUUCGACACCGCAAUCGGUCGGCUCCUCCAGCUGGAAAUGAACACCAAUCUGGACCUCCCACCAUCCCUCCCAGAAACCACACAAGCCAUAUACCAACUUUCCAGUGAGAAAGCAUCAGGAUUCGAUGUCAUCCCGACUGAAGGUUACAAACAUGGCGACUCCCGACUAAUGGAAACACUUGCAGCAAUCUUCCGGGAGAAAUGGCGCCAAAGACAAGCUCCUUAGGACUUCAAGGACGCAAUAACCGUCCAUCUCUACAAGCGGAAAGGGGACGAACAACUCUGUGAUAACCGCAAGAGAACAUUGCCGCUCAACAUUGUCGGAAGAUGUUCGCUCGCAUCCUCCUCAACCACCUCAACGGCUAUCCAUAAAAAAUAAUUCUGUAGGAAAAUCGGCGUGGCUUCCAACGACAUCACGAAACUGUCGACAUGAUUUUUGCUGCCCGGCAGCUACGAUAGAAGUGUCAGUGGAUGCGGACCCCCAUUUACACCACCUUUGUGGAUCUGACGAACACCUUUGGUGAAGUGAAUUGCGAUAGAUUCUGGAAACUCGUGCCGAAAUUCGGAUGUCUUGGAGGACUCACGCACACGGUAAGUCAACUCCAUGACGGGAUGAUGGCAAGCGUCACUGACAAUAGGGCCGUCUCGGAGGCAUUCGUAGUGACCAACAGAGUGAGGCAGGGCUGCAUGCUCGCUGCCCCGUUUUCAGCCUUUGUCAUGCUGAUGGACGCCUACCGUGAUGAGCGCCACUGGAUUGUCCUCGCCUACAGUACCGAUGGCCAACUUCCCAAUACUCGACGCGUCAGUCUGCGGCUACUGUCCAUCGUGGACGAUUGUGCACUCACUGCCGGGACUGAUGCAGACAUCCAGCGGAGUCUUGACCCCUUCGCCUCCGGCUGCGUCAACCUCGGACUGACCAUCGACACUGACAAAACGGCGGUCAUGCGUAGAUCGUCGCCGAACGCCUCAUACAAUAUGUGUCUGUAG